AUGUACAGCAUUUUCAUCUGUGAAGCAAAGCUGCAGGAGAAUUGCGGGGCAAAUCUCCUUUGGCAGGAUACAAGGAAUGCAUGGUGCCCAACACAUGCAUCUCAUAAUUGCUGCCUGCCAAUAGGGAAUUGCCCUGUAAUGCAACUGCAGCAGCCAGCUUCUAAGUCACUUCUGAGUGAUGCCAUGGUGGAGGCCAGUUCUAUUUAUACUGUCCAAGAUGAGCAUAUACAAUGGAACAAUGCUCUUGACUCUUGA